CCUGCACUGCCCGGCAGGCGUGGGCUGGACACGUCUGCACCGCCCCAUGCAGAGCCGUCGGCUGGGCUAGAGAGGGGCCGCACCCGCAGCGAUGCUUCGCAAACGGAGAAAUACCGUGAUGGUGCUCUGGGCUCUGCUGCUGUGCUUGGCCACUCUGCAGGACAGCCCAGGGUUUGCUUUGGCGCAUGCCCUGCAGAUGGAGGAUGCCUGCGGUGACGAAGCUGCCCAGCAGCGGAGCCAUGAGGACGCGGAAAGGGCUGGAGCUUUAGGAGGGGACGCACAGCUUUCUCCCCCCACCACCCUUCUGCCAGGAGUGGCUCCAACCCUGCCUAAUGCUGCAGUGCCAGAUUCCACCUCUGACACCUGGGAGGACAUCCACGGGCCGACCCAGCCACUUACCACCACCAGCCCCACCAGCCCAGAGCCCCAACUCGUCCCCGGGGCGGUCGGAGAUCACAAGCAGGCGCUGGAGGGGCAAGAAGCUGAUUCCUCCGAAGAGGAGGGAGAAGGUCGAGAGAGAGGCUGUGACACGUCCCAGGAGCAGAGGCGCAGGCUAGCGGACGAUCUGAUGAAGUUCACCAUCGAUCUCCUGAGAGAGGUUCAGCUGGAGCCCAGCCGGCGUAAUGUGAUCCUGUCUCCCCUCAGUAUCACCCUGGCAUUGUCCCACCUGGCGCUAGGAGCAGCAAACCAGACGGAGAAACGCCUCCUGGAGACGCUGCACCUGGAGUCUGUGCCCUGCCUCCACCGCCUGCUGAGUAGCAUUCGCAGGCAGCUCACAGACUCCCUGCUCAGUGUGGCUUCACGCAUCUAUCUGCAGAAAGGGCUUGAGGUCAAAGAGAAAUUCUUGGAGAGCUCAGAGCAAUUCUACGGGGCCAAGCCGGUGACCCUGUCUGGGGACAGCGCGAGCGACCUCACGGCCAUAAACGAGUGGAUCAAGACGGCGACCAAAGGGCAGAUUCCCGCCUUCCUGGCUCAGCUCCCGGACAGCAUUGCGAUGCUCCUGCUCAAUGCCGUCCACUUCCACGGAUUUUGGAGGGAUAAGUUUGACCCCAGCCAGACGGGGCCAGAUGUAUUCCACCUCGAUGACCAGUUCAUGGUUCCAGUUGAGAUGAUGAAGGCUCAGAAAUAUUCCCUGAGCUGGUUUACUCUAGACCCCCUGGAGGUGCAGGUAGCCAGGUUUCCCUUUAAGGGCAACAUGAGUUUCGUGGCCAUUGUCCCAAACCAGUUUAAAUGGAACAUUUCCCAUGUGCUGUUGAACCUCACCCAUGACAAGCUGAACAGCCGCUUCCCCAAGGAGAAGCCCACGAUGGUAAAGAUGCCCAAGCUGCAUGUCAGCUACCAGCUGGAACUCAACCAAGUCCUCAGCCGACUAGGCCUGGGGGAGUUGUUUUCAGCCCCGGACCUGCAAAAGAUCACGGAUGAGCCUCUCUUUGUAUCCAGCAUCCAGCACCAGUCCACGCUGGAGCUCGCAGAAGAUGGGGUGGAGGCGUCAGCGGCCACCAGCGUCAUGAUGUCUCGUUCACUCUCCACUUUCAGCCUCAACCAGCCCUUUCUCUUCUUCAUCUUUGAGGAGACAACAGGCAUCCCGCUCUUUGUGGGCAGCAUCCAGAACCCCAACCCCAACGCUGCCCCGCAGAAAAAGGAGCCACAGGACUCACCUGACUUGAAAAAUGGCAUAAAAAAUGGUAUCCCCAAAUAAGGAAGGAGCAGGGCCUCGGGGUCCUGGGACUGCACCUGGGGGGCCCCAGCAGGGUCUCUCUCCUGGCUAGGCAGCCAUCAGAAGCCCUCCUGCCCCGGCAGCCAUCAGAAGCCCUCCUGCCCCAGAGGGCCCCCUAGAGUCCCUCUGCACCAUGCUUGAGCAGCAGUUCCGGACACCUCGUUGCCUUGAAUGCUCAUUUGCUUCUGACCCUGGGCAACUGGGCCAAGGCAAGAGGUGUCAAAGCUGCUUGUCCCUGCGCCCCUCCUGCACAUUCUUUGGCCAGGACAUUCACCGGCCAGUGGGACUUGCUUGCCCCCUAGACACACAGCAGCUCCACCCAGGGGCUCAGCAUCA